AUGCGUCACUCGAACGGGCAUCUACCAAAAGGUAAGAGAAUAAGUGAUCAAGGGAUAAGAGUUCAGAAUGAGAGGCUGUCCGAUUUCCACUCCAAACAUAAAUCAUAUGUGAGGACAGGGCCAAUGGCCGUCCAGGCUGAUGAGAAUUUCAUACUAGAUUGCAUGUGCAGGCCAGCGAGUUCACCUAGCAAACGGAGAGGAGCAGGAGCUAUAAAGCGAAAUUGGCAGUCUUGCAUGCAUGGGUCAUUUUCGAUGGGCAAGCACACGGAAUUGCAUACAUUAUAUUGGGUUUUUGCCCACUGGGCUAAAGAUCAAACGUAUCAGCUGAGGCUCAGGUCCGGGUGGUUCUCGUCUAUGAGCUCGAGAUCAAUGACCCACGGCUGGGGUGCGGCUUUGGGAGGACAGGGAAUUCGUCCGGAGACUGAAAUAUUGGGUUGUACGCAGCAGCUGGAUUCAAGCAGAAGACAUAGGGCAGGCCUAUUGUAUCAAUUCGGUGCGUUGUUGUUUGUAGGUUACGGAGUAGUUAGUGGACACAACUUGUGUCAGUGA